AUGACGGAAGCGUUGCUGUUGUUGGUCGCGGCGUUCCUGUUGACAGCACACCAGUGUGCCGGCCGUGCCGUGGACAGCGGUCGGGGCAACGAGUACAGCUUUCUGGCGAAACUGUACGGGGACGUGGGGCGCGGGAAAAACUCGUCCUGCCAGCAGCUCCCGACGCUGGUGCUGAUCGAGCUGCUGGGUGCCGCCUUCAACCCGCGCUACAUGAGCAUCGAAGAACCGCCGAUAGCGGACGACGGUGACGAUGGGACGAUGGCCGGCACCGGCGAGCAGCGGGCAGGUAUGGCGAGCAGUGCCAAGCGGAACUCGGAACCGUUUCUACCGUUCUACGUCGACGACAAGUACCGGCCGGAGCCGAGCAACAAACCGGCCUGGGAGGUGAACCACGUCUUGGAAGCGAUACCGUACAGUGCGCCCGGGGCGGCCCGCACCAGGCGCGACCUGUUCAACGCAGUGCUACACGAUAUGGUCGAGCAGGCGACACGGACGGACGCGGAAACGGAGACGUCGCCGUCACCGUCGCGCGGGAAGCGCUCGUACGACGGUAAGAGCCGCGCGCGGAAGGUCACCGGCGGUAGCCCGCGACCUUGGGAGUGCGAGUCGAAGAUCCGGUGGACGGACCUGGGGCCGGAUUACUUCCCGCGGUUUCUGCGGUCGGUAGAGUGCACGCGCCAGAACUGCUGGUACGGCCACUACACCUGCCAGCCGCGCUCGUUCCUGGUGAAGAUCCUGCACCGCCGGACCGGCCAGUGCGUCCAGAGCGACCGGCUGCGGAACCAGCUGGACGUCGACGAUGUGCCGGGCGGGCUGUGUGAGCUGUGGGUCUGGGAGGAUCGGCCCGUCAACUUCUGCUGUGACUGUGCGCCGGCCUUCUAAGGCCCGGAUUGUUCGGCUUCCCAUUGUUUUUCGUCCGUUUAAUUUAAUCGUUUAUUUAACUUUACUCGUUGACGCACUGGUUAAUCUUAAUGUUGACAUUCGGAUAAGGUGGUAGGAGGAUAAGGAUACACGAUAAGGACGCUGUGUACAUAUAGGGUUAAGGAGCGGCGGUGGGCGGAACAC